AUGAAGCUGCCAGGCCAGGAGGAGUUGGAAGCCCCCAGUUCUACUGAAAAUAUUCCUGCAGGUCAACUAGAUAGCAGCCAUGGCACUGGCCCCAGUCCUGAUGGGCCCUCAGACAUAGACAGCAGGAAUUUGGAGGUACCCAAGGACCCUCUGCUCUUCAUUCAGCUGAAUGAACUGCUGGGCUGGCCCCAGGCUCUGGAGUGGAGGGAGACAGCCAGGUGGGUGCUGUUUGAGGAGAAACUAGAGGUAGGUGCAGCUCGGUGGAGUACCCCCCAUGUGCCUACCCUGGCACUGCCCAGCCUCCAGAAGCUGCGAAGACUGUUGGCCGAAGGCCUUGUACUGCUGGACUGUCCAGCUCAGAACCUCUUGGAGCUCGUAGAUCAGGUGACCAGAGUGGAGUCACUGAGCCCCGAGCUGAGAGGGCAGCUUCAGGCUCUGCUGCUGCAGAGACCCCAACACCACAUCCAGACUACCGGCACAAGAACCUGGUGGGGGUCUGCCCACCCAAGAGAGGCUUCUCCUGAUGAGGAAGCCCUCCUAAAGGAACAGCGUCAGAAUCCCCUGAGACAGAAGCUGCCUCCAGGGGCGGAGGCUGGGGCUGUGCUGGCUGGAGAGCUAGGCUUUUUAGCACAACCACUGGGGGCUUUUGUGCGGCUGAAGGAUCCAGUGGUGCUGGGGCCCCUUACUGAGGUGCCCCUACCCAGCAGGUUUUUCUGUCUCCUGUUGGGCCCCCCAGUACUGGGAAGGGGCUACCAUGAGCUGGGCCGGGCAGCAGCAGUCCUCCUCAGUGACUCACAAUUCCAGUGGUCAGCUCGCAGGGUAGGCAACCUCCAUGACCUCCUAGCAGCCCUUGAUGCCUUCUUAGAGGAAGUGACAGUGCUCCCCCCAGGUCGGUGGGAUCCAACAGUCCGGAUUCCCCCUCCCAAAUGUCUGCCCUCACAGCAUAAAAGGCCUCUCUCAUCACCGUGGGAGGUCAAGGACCUCUCCGUCCCGCGCGGGGUGCUGGCUGAAGACAGGCCUGGCCGAGGGUCCCACGCACCCAACCCAGAAUUGCGGAGGACUGGCCGGCUGUUUGGGGGUCUUGUCCAGGACGUGCGCCGGAAGGCCUCGUGGUAUGCCAGCGAUUUCUUGGACGCCCUGCACCUCCAGUGCUUCUCGGCCGUGCUUUACAUUUACCUGGCCACCAUCACCAAUGCCAUCACUUUUGGGGGACUGCUGGGAGAUGCCACCGAUGGUGCCCAGGGAGUGCUAGAAAGUUUCCUGGGCACUGCGGUGGCUGGGGCUGCCUUCUGCCUGAUGGCAGGCCAGCCCCUCACUAUCCUCAGCAGCACCGGGCCUGUGCUGGUCUUUGAGCGCCUGCUCUUCUCCUUCAGCAGAGAUUAUGGCCUGGACUACUUGCCCUUCCGCCUGUGGGUAGGUAUCUGGGUGGCCACCUUUUGCCUGGUGCUGGUGGCCACAGAAGCCAGUGUGCUGGUGCGCUACUUCACCCGCUUCACCGAGGAAGGCUUCUGUGCCCUCAUCAGCCUCAUCUUCAUCUACGACUCUGUGGGCAAAAUGCUGAGCUUGGCCCAUGCGUAUCCCAUUCAAAGACCUGGCCCUGCUCUGGAAGGAUCAUCUGCAUUUGGCUGCCUCUGCGAGUUUCCAGGUCCAGGAGGAAAUAAGUCUCAAUGGACAAAGCCAAAAGACAAUGAUGAUAUCUUAAGAAUGGACCUAGGCCUGGUCAAUGCAUCAUUACUGCCCCCACUUCAGUGUGUCCAGCAGGGAGGCCACCCUCGUGGUCCCAACUGUUAUGCAGUCCCAGACAUCACCUUCUUCUCCUUCCUCCUCUUCCUCACCUCCUUCUUCUUUGCCAUGGCCCUCAAGCAUAUCAAGACCAGCCACUUCUUCCCCUCAGUGGUACGCAAGGUGCUCGGUGACUUUUCCUCAGUUUUGGCCAUCCUUCUGGGCUGUGGCCUUGACGCCUUCCUGGGUCUAGCCACACCAAAGCUCAUGGUGCCCAGAGAGUUCAAGCCCACGCUCUCUGGACGUGGCUGGUUGGUGUCACCUUUUAGAGCCAGUCCCUGGUGGCUGAGUGUGGCAGCAGCCCUGCCUGCCCUACUGCUUUCUAUCCUCAUCUUCAUGGACCAGCAGAUCACAGCAGUCAUCCUCAACCGUCCAGAGUAUAGACUACAGAAGGGGGCAGGCUUCCACCUCGACCUCUUCUGUGUAGCUGUGUUGAUGCUGCUCACCUCAGCACUUGGGCUACCCUGGUAUGUCUCAGCAACCGUCAUUUCCCUCGCCCACAUGGAUAGUCUCCGGAGGGAAAGUAAAGCCUGUGCCCCUGGAGAGCCCCCUCACUUCUUAGGCAUCAGGGAGCAGAGGCUGACGGGCCUGGCUGUGUUCAUUCUCACAGGAGUCUCCAUCUUCCUGGCACCUGUGCUCAAGUUCAUCCCGAUGCCCGUGCUCUACGGUAUUUUCCUGUACAUGGGGGUGGCAGCACUUAACAGCAUCCAGUUCACAAAGAGGGUGCAGCUACUGUUGAUGCCAGCAAAACACCAGCCAGACUUGCUGCUCUUGCGGCACGUGCCUCUGUGCAGAGUCCACCUGUUCACGGCCAUCCAGCUGGUCUGCCUCGGUCUGCUUUGGACAAUCAAAUCUACCCCUGCAGCCAUCAUCUUCCCCCUCAUGUUGCUGGGCCUGGUGGGUGUCCGGAAGGCCCUGGAGUGGGUUUUCUCACCACAGGAACUUCUUUGGCUGGAUGAGCUGAUGCCAGAAGAGGAGCAGAACAUCCCUGAGAAGGUUCUGGACCCAGAGCACUCCUUCAGUGGGAGUGACAGUGAUGAUUCAGAUCUGAUGUAUCAGCCAAAGGCUCCAGAAAUCAACAUCUCUGUGAAUUAG